GCAGGUGGCUCGCGGCCCGGCCCCAGCAUGAGCUCCUUCGACCUGCCGGCGCCCUCCCCGCCCCGCUGCAGCCCCCAGUUCCCCAGCCUGGGCCAGGAGCCCCCCGAGAUGAGCCUCUACUAUGACAACUUCUUCCACGCGCAGGGCGUGCCCAGCCCGCAGCGGCCCCCCUCCUUCGAGGGCGGUGGCGAGUACGGGGCCACCCCCAACCCCUACCUGUGGCUCAACGGGCCUGCCAUGACCCCGCCGCCCUACCUGCCCGGCACCAACGCCGGCCCCUUCCUGCCCCAGGCCUAUGGCGUGCAGCGGCAGCUGCUGCCCGGCAUGCCCGGGCUCGGGGGCAGCGACCUGGGCUGGCUGCCCAUCCCCUCGCAGGAGGAGCUGAUGAAGCUGGUGCGGCCCCCCUACUCCUACUCGGCCCUCAUCGCCAUGGCCAUCCACGGGGCGCCGGACAAGCGCCUCACCCUCAGCCAGAUCUACCAGUACGUGGCCGACAACUUCCCCUUCUACAACAAGAGCAAGGCCGGCUGGCAGAACUCCAUCCGCCACAACCUGUCGCUCAACGACUGCUUCAAGAAGGUGCCCCGCGACGAGGACGACCCAGGCAAAGGAAAUUACUGGACCCUGGACCCCAACUGUGAGAAGAUGUUCGACAAUGGAAAUUUCCGCAGGAAGAGGAAGAGAAAAUCAGAUGUGUCCUCCAGCGCAGGCCCCUUGACCUCGGAGAAAGCCGAGACCAGUCUCCUGGCCAGCAGCCCCACGCCCGCCGAGCCUCAGGACCUCUUGGACAGAGCCUCCCCGGGCACGGCCGGCUCCCCGGGGAAGCGGGCCUCCCCUCCGCCCUCCGGCCCCCCGUGCCUCAGCAGCUUCCUCUCCACCAUGACGGCCUGUGCCAGCGGCCCCAGCCCCGCGGGCCGCCCCGGGGCCCCGCCAGCACUGAGCCCGGAGCCCACCGACAAGAUGGGGCAGAACUCGCUGAGCUUCAGCUCCUACACCCCGCUGACCAGCCUCGGGGGCCACGGAGGCGGGGGCGAGUGGGCCAGCCCCGCGCCCGCCAGCGCCCUGGGCUAUGGAGGCUCCGUCCUCACCCAGUUCAGCCCUCACUUCUUCAACAGCAUCAACUCCAGCAGCGUCCUCUACCCCCGGGAGGGCACCGAGGUCUAGGUACGGAGCGGCUCCGAGCCUCGGGGACAUGCAGAGAGAGACGCAGCAAGUCCUCCAGGCCAGCUGCCGCGCCCCCACCCCUCGGCCCGAGACCUCGAACUGCCCGGCGUAACUGGAAGCAAUGUUCUUUCUAGAACGUUGUUUAAAGCUUCUAUUUAUCACACAGACUCACCAACUCUGCGAUGGAGCUACCGGUGCCUGAGUGACAGUAAUGACAGUGGCCAUUUCUUGGGCACUUAUUCUGUGCUGGGUACAUCUUUGAGGGCAUGGUCACACUAUUUACUAUCACCCUGUGAGGGUCACAUGAACCUCUCCCAUUCAGAUGAGGAAACUGAGGCUCAAGGAAAUUAUUGUCCAAGGUCAUACAAACUAGAAAAUGGCUGGGCAAAAAGUGGAAUCUGGACCUGAGUGACCCCCAGAGAUUGGGCCCAAGGAGGCAGGGAUGGAGGAAUCGCUUGAACGGCUAAGGGAAGUCCAGUGAGAAUCUGGUCGUGGCAACUAUACCAAAAUCUCCCCACUGCUUUCUGGUUGCCAUCAAAGUACAACACAGGCCCGGCAUGACUCAUCCUGGUCUGUCCUUACUCCUGUGUCCCAUUUGCCUGCAAGACACUCUUUGGCCACCACUUAAGGAGGGAACCCACCAGUGGGCUUCUGGAAGCCCAGCCCAGGUGUCCCUGCAGGACGAUGCAUUUCCAGUGCAGGGUGUCUCUCUCCCAGCUCCCCAGAGACCUUGAGCAGAGUCAGGGGUCAGCAGGAAGAGGAGGCCAUACAUCCCUAACCCUCCCGCCCCCACUGGGACCAGUGAGCUGAGCGCUGAGUCUUCCAGAGAAACCUGGCCGAGUAAGCAUCUCCUCUUCCUAGCCCAGGGGCCGGGGUGUCUGCCUGAGAAACGGUGGCCUCAGGCUGGGUUCUUCCUUCCUCUCCCUCACCAGGGUCUUUGAGGACAGGCCUCCCUUUUUUCCUACAUUUCACGCCUGUGAUGUUUUAUCACAGCACAACCUGCGAAGUGUUGUUUGGU